UCUCGUUAAUACUAAUUGUUUAGGAUGUUCUUGUUUAGAAAUAAAGCCCAUAUUUAGUACUUUCACUGAUGGAACCCGUAACUCAUCAGGUUUCCUUCGGUUUGAGCUGCAGAUUUCUGCAGAAACUUCACUUUCUCUCCUCCACUUUCCGUGCUGCAAUCUCUCCUCUGACCGGCGGGCGGCGCUGUUUCUUCAGUUGUCGAACUACCGCUUUUUGCUGAGGGACUUAUGUUGUCAAAAUCUUUAAAACUGUUCGUUUUUCUUAAUCCCGCAGCCCCCACAGAGGUCUGCCUGCUGCUUCACGCGACUGUGAGGCCCCCUUACGCCCGUGCGGGAGUCCGGUUCGGCCGUUUCUGGACCCGUUCGGUGGUUUUCUCCUGUGUAGUUGGAGGUUUGACUGCAAAACAAGUUAGCUCAACAGCUAAUUGUAAAAGUCACGUCACCCGUACGGAGUCGCUUUAAAAGUUUCCACACAGAGAAGGAACGAACGGAGAGAGGCUCCGCUUCCGAGGUAACCAAACUUUGUCUCCGGUGUUUUGGGUAGGGCUUCGUAUUUUCCCUCGACUUAUGCCGUCAUUAUUUUACGUAGAAGACGAAGACGUGAAGCGCAUCUGCGCGGGGGAGGGGGUGCAUGUCUGAGGAGCCGAAAUUCGGACGCGGACUCUGUGUUUUAACGGUGAAAAAUGCGCUAGAGGGAGCACAGGUUCGGGCUUGAGUCCCCUGACUCGGCGGUGCGUGGUUUCCUGCUCGUGAGGCCUGCGGGUCGGGCUUCCACCGGGCUAGAGUAGAUCCCCUGACCGACGUCGAAGGGUCUGAGUCCGGCAGGGGGGGCCGUUACCGACGGGCCUGUGGACCAAACGAUGGAACGGAUGGAAGUGGACCAAUGCGCAGGCGCAGGAGGCGGGGCUCUUCGGAGAUCGAACAGCGCCCCCAUGAUCACAAAUGUCAGUGAUGGGAUGACCGUCUUCAGUCCCGUGUCGUUGGCCCGGUUCCGACGAAGCAGUGUGUCCAUCAACCCAUCUAAGACCCUCCCCUUGUCUCCCUUCUCUGUGAGUGGAGACCGGCCUGACCUGAAGAAGCAGGAGGAGAACAUGGAGAUGAUGAUCAGAGACGGUCUGCGCAGACGAAGUCCUUCCAGUCUGGUCCCAGUCUCUGCUGCCAGUCAGUGGCAUGAGCACACGUCCACGUGGUUUACACCCCAGGACAGCAGCGUCACGCCAAACUCGUCUCCGAGUCCCACACGGAGAUUCAGCAGGCCGGCGGUCGGCGGCGCUGUGAGGUGGCCUGCCCUGGCGCCACUAAAGAGGAAAGGGGGGGUGGACUCAGAGGGGCCCCCAAAGAAGCUGUUUGUUGCAGGGGUGACUGACCCCACCCACUGUAGCAGCUACACUGUCAGUGUUUCUCAAACAAUGACAGAUUCUCCUGCAGGAGGUGCCAGUAUUCAGCCCCGCCCCUUGUCUCUGUCUCCCGCAUCUUCUAUCACCCCCCACCCUCACCCGGGACACUGAAGCUUCAUCUGAACUCGGGACAUUUCUACGACGUCACCGUCCGCUCCCAUCACUGACAGUACCCCCCCCCCCCCCCCGCCUGUUGGCUUCCAGACCCCCCCUCGUCCCUCAGAUUCUCACUGUGACUCCACCCCAUUUUGGUCACGCCCACUGCAGGUUAUUCUGAACAGUCAAUUGUUUAUAUCGCGUCGCACAUGUUUUUCUAAAAUGUAGUCAGGCAGAGGUGAGAAUCAUGUGACAGCAACAAGUGUUAUCAGUAUUAGGUUCUUCGCCACAGGGGGCGGAGCCUGUUGUGUCUUUGUAUCUGAGGUUUUGAUCAGAUGGACAGCUAACGUUCCUGGACUUCCAGACCUCUUUUGCUUUGGUUUUUGGACCAAAGCAAAGAUGUCUGGGGUUUUUGAUCGGAACAGAACCGUGAAAUGUUCUCUGACUGACAGCGGUUGAAGGGGAACCGGGUUUGCUGGUGCUUCUAGGAACAGAACAGAACCCGAGGUUCUGUGAGGACCGAUAUUGGGAAGCCUUCAUGGCAGAGGAUCCUAAAGGAUGCCUUUAUGAAGAACCAAACAGAGCAGGUGUGGUGGUUGAUGCCAGUCAGAAGUUUGAAAGCGGUGGUUCUGUUUGUGGACCGGAGUCCGCUUGUAUCAGUGGACUGAACUGUUACAUGUUGAUAGUGUUUGUAAAUAUGAGUGCAGUCACUUUUGUACAUAUUUCACCUGCAGGAUUCUUCUCCUCUGCGGUGCAUUCAGACUUUUCUCCAACAGAGAAGUUCUGACUGGCUUCCGUCAGCCGCGUGGAGCGAAUGACAUUUGGGCGCCGUGGUCAUAAACUAAACUGGACGGAAACUGAUCUGAUUGGGUUCCCUCCAGAAAUGAGCAGGUGGUUCAGGCGCACAUUUUUGAACCAAACUGCAAGUAUCUGGAAAACGAGCAGGCAGGGUUAUGGAGAUCGAGGACCAGUGUGGAAGACCACUGUUCCAGUAGCAUUACUGACAUCUAGUAGCCAAGCUGAAGAUGGCAGUGGUGUGCAACAUCGCCCCCUGCUGUUCAACCACAGAUCUGAGCAUUAUCAGCCCUCUGAUGUAGAAUUCCAUUUAGUAGUGGUUGAUUUAACAGGAAUAAGCAACACAAUUUUCUCAUUUUGAUCUUGUUUUAUCAAAGAUUUAUUUAGUUAAAGGAUCUGUUCUUGGUUUCCUGGUGCAGCUACACCUCCAGUCAGAGUGAACCGGAGCAGCAGGAAGCAGCUUUUUCACGCCGGUUUGAUCCUCGUGAUCAGACUGUGGAUUCUCUGCCGAGGCUGCCUCCUUUGAUCCUCAUGUUUAAGGCUUUGCAGGUUCACCUGAGGUCAUGGAGCUUCUUCCAGCUUUCAGCACCUGCUGCUUCAGAGAACGGCCUUAAGCCAAAAAUGCACAUUGUUUCUGAAGGUUUUGACUCUUUGAGCGUUUCAGACGGACAUUUCCUCUCCUUCCAUUUGGUCUCAAGUUUCACCUUUAGAUUUGGACCAUAAAUGUCCUCAGCGUUGAGGACGUUUCACACGGACAGAAAGCCCAACCCUGCUGAUACCAAAUGGAUCGUGCAAGUUAGACCUCCGGGUGAUUCUUGUUUGACCUCGUUGACGCUUUGCUGUGACGGAUGGUAGCAGAUCAUUUUUUUAAAGAAUGCACAUUUUUAGAGAUGAAGUAUCUGAAAAGUUUUAGAGCUUUUCUUCUAACUUUAGCGUUUAAACCAAAACCAAAGGUUUCCUGGUGACAAACAUGUUUGCUGCUUCAUGCGGCUCGAUCUGCUCUUCUGUGGAAAGAUCAACUGACCAAUCAGAGCAGGCCUUUUUGACAUAUGUCUGGGCUGGGGAUGUUUCUUUUGUUUGUUUGUUUUUCAUAGCCGGAAAGGUUUCGGCUGAAAACAUGAGGAUCUUCACAAAGGGAACUAAAGCACAGCAAGCUUUCAGUGUUUCACUGUAAAUAUUUCACUUUUUCUCUAUGAGACAAACCAUGUAUUUUUAUGCAAUCUACAGAAGUGUACGAAGUGUUCAUUCCUUCAUGAGCUAUAAAAAUGACGCCGAAUUACUGUAGUUUUCAGAGAUGAUUCCCAUACGCUAUAAAAAUUAUAUAUAUAUAUAUAUAUUGUAUAUUAAAAUAAAAAAUAAACCUGAAUCAUCAGACAGAGGAAAAGAA